CCGGAUGGAAAACGAAAGAAGAAUGUGUACUGUGACAUGACAACAGAGGGUGGAGGAUGGACGGUCAUUCAAAAAAGACAGGACGGGAGUACAAAUUUCUAUAGAACCUGGAACGAAUAUAAAGCUGGCUUUGGGGAUCCUAGCAAAAACUAUUGGAUAGGAAACGAUGCUUUACAUUUACUCACAAAGAAUAGAAAACAUGAACUUCGUUUGGAUCUUCAGAGAUUUAAUGGACAGAAAGGGUACGCCAAGUACUCCAGUUUUGCUGUUGGUGACGAAGGAAGUAAAUACAAACUCAGUGUGUCUGGGCACAGUGGCAUAGGUGACAGUCUUAUUCAGCACAAUAGAAUGAAAUUUACCACAAAAGAUCAAGACAAUGAUCGUAACAGUUCUAAUUGUGCAGUUAUCUAUAAAGGAGGGUGGUGGUAUAACAACUGUUAUCAUUCCAAUAUAUUUACAUUUGCAAAUGUUUUCCUUUACAUAACACUACUGAAGGCAAGCGUUUUUAUAACUGUGUAAAUACAGGUUUGGGGUCAAGAGGUCAUAGAUGUGCGUUUGGAUAAACGUUCCACGUAAUUUCUCUGUGACGUCAUAAAGGGUAGACGCGCGUUUAGUGGAUUACAUACAUGCCGUUGGGUUUGAAAAAUUAACGAAUUUCACACGUUAAAAGUAACAAUCAGGCAAAUAUAAAGUAUGAAUAAGUCACAAAUGUAAAUAUAAGUAAUAAGGUAUCAUUUUUUGAGUUUUAUUGAGAUGUAAAACGGGUUGACACAUGAUCAAAUCUUCCAUAAAGCCCUUCGGGCUUUAUGGGAUUUGAUCACGUGACCAACCCGUUUUACAUCUCAAUAAAACUCAAAAAAUGAUACCUUAUUUCU